UCUUCCUGCAUCCGAGCCCAGGCCCUCAUCUGACAGCAAGCGCACCAGACCAAUGUGAAUCGCUGUCAUUAGAAAACCCGCCCCCUGUUCCUCACUCUCAGAUGGUUACAUUUUUGCUGGAUUGACCGCGACAGCUGCCAAUGUCUUGCUCAUCUUCGUGAAGUAGGGACAAAAUCGAAGGCAUGCCGCUGGCUCGCAGCCUCUCCGUCACGUCCCUGUCGGGACUGGAGGAGUGGGAUGAGGAGUUUGAUUUAGAGGACGCUGUUCUUUUUGAAAUUGCAUGGGAGGUCGCCAACAAAGUUGGAGGCAUCUACACCGUCAUCCAGACCAAAGCCCGUCUGACCGCAGAGGAAUGGGGGGAGAACUAUUUCCUGGUGGGCCCUUACGUGGAGAGCAACGUACGCACUCAGGUGGAGCUGAUCGAGCCCACCAACCCCGUGCUGAAGAGAACCAUUGACAAGAUGAACGCCAGUGGGUGUAAGGUCUACUUUGGGCGCUGGCUUAUUGAGGGCAGUCCCUAUGUUGUGCUGAUUGAUGUUGCGUUUACCGCCUGGUCUCUUGACAGCUGGAAAAGGGAAUUAUGGGACCUUUGUGACAUCGGCGUGCCAUGGUUUGACCGUGAAGCCAACGAUGCCGUGCUGUUUGGCUUCCUGACUGCCUGGCUGCUGGGAGAGUUUGCGGCCCAGAGUGAGGAGCCUCCACACAUCGUGGCCCAUUUCCAUGAGUGGUUGGCCGGCUUGGGCUUAGUGUUGUGUAGACAUAGAAAGCUGCCCAUCGCAACCAUCUUCACCACUCAUGCCACACUGCUGGGACGAUACCUGUGUGCUGGAAGUGUGGACUUCUAUAACAAACUUGCUGAGUUCAACGUGGAUAAGGAAGCAGGCGAUAGACAGAUUUACCACCGCUACUGUUUGGAGCGGGCGGCCGCUCACUGUGCUCAUGUCUUCACCACUGUGUCACAGAUCACAGCCAUUGAGGCAGAGUACCUGCUCAAGAGGUCACCAGACAUUAUCACUCCCAAUGGGCUCAACGUGAAGAAGUUCUCAGCAGUACACGAGUUUCAAAACCUCCACGCUCAGAGCAAGAAUCGGAUUCAGGAGUUUGUCAGGGGACACUUCUACGGGCACCUUGACUUCAACCUGGACAAGUCUUUGUUCCUGUUUAUUGCUGGAAGGUAUGAGUUCUCCAACAAAGGGGCCGACAUCUUCUUAGAAGCUUUAGCCAGACUCAACUAUCUACUGAGGGUCAAUCACAGUGACGUGACCGUCAUUGCGUUCUUCAUCAUGCCAGCUCGGACAAACAACUUCAAUGUGGAGACCUUGAAGGGCCAAGCAGUCAGGAAACAGCUCUGGGACACUGCUCAGACUGUGAAGGAACGUUUCGGAAAGAAACUUUAUGAUUCACUUCUAGUGUAAGUUUGCCACUUUCAGUAAAAUGUGGAAUGACCUGUUUUAUAACGCCAUCAAAUAUAAAGUAAGAAACAGCCCACCUCAUAACAGACAUUUAUUAAUAAAUGUAAUCAAGGAUUU